AUGUUGACCGACGCAAUUUGGCUACGCACGCGACGAAGCCGCUUCGUCUUCUUCCUCAUCUGCUCUCCUUUACUAAUCCCCCUCCUCUGCGCAUCCAUCCCUCUCCUCUGCGCCGCCGAGAUCUUCAGCCGCCUCCGCAGUCGCCAUCCAUGGUUCGCGAAAUCCGCCGAUGAAGAUGAUUUGCGGCUCCGGAGAUGUGAGGAAGGAUGCAAUUGCGGCGGAUUUGGACCGGAAGAAGCCGGAUUGCUUCAGAGAUACUUGGAAGAUCAGUUGAUUUUGGUUAGAUCCGUUUACGAUUGCGGCGAAGGAGAGCAAGAUCAAGAUCCCGAUCGAAUUAUCGUUCCUCUCUUAUCGUAA